AUUCUACGGAGUAUAAUUUUUCGACGAGCGUGCAUUCUCUAGUACCUGAAUAAUUUCGAUGAACGUUCAGAAUGAGAACUGGAAGCGCCUGUUAUGGUACUAUUGGAAAGGUUGGGGGCAAUUCAAAGACUUGUAUACCACAUAUUAUCUCACAACAGAUGCCUUCAGGUGAUGUCCUAUUCUCCAAUGUUCGAGGAACCUUCCGAAUUUCCCAAUUCGGGUUACCGUCCAUUGCCGAGCAAUAUCGGGGAAUCAUCCGCAUUUCCGCCGAGAGCUUCGAAGCUCGAAGCUGACUGCCCAUGAAGCUCGUCGCAAAAUUCCCUUCCACGCCUCCGCAUCUCCCUCAAUCUCCGCCAUGAACACAAUUGCGCCUCCACCCCAAAUAAAAAGGCUGCCACCGGGCAAGCGUGCCUUUGGCAUCUUCCUGGGGUUAGUUGGCGGCGGCAUCACCAAUGUCGCAAUAGGAUACGCAGGAUUCUCGUUCUGGACGCGACAGACGAAAUUCGUGCCCUACGACGCCUCAUCCUCGGACCUCAAGAGUACAAUUGCGCGGAAACACAAUCCAGGGAGUAAUCCGCCGAUAUGCAUCGACCACGCCGUCAAGACGAUCCCGCUGAACAAGUUGAAGACGGCAGAUCAGAGGGAGCUUACCACGGCUUUUUGCAGAGGUGUAUGGAGUGGCUUGGGAUAUGCAUACCAGAGGAGAUAUAUGGAGAGGAAGUAUCGGGCGUUGCCUGGACGGGAGGAUCAUUUGUGGACGAGGGACGAGCUGGCGAAGAGCGAGUAUCCGGUCGGGACUAAGAUUACGGAUCAUUUCGAGGUGUUGGAACACACGCCUGAGAGGGUGAUUGUGCGCUGUGGUGACUCGCCCCUCAACGUUGACCCCCGCCCGAGCGACGGCCUCUUCUUCAUGGAAGUAACGAAGGACGACGAGGCACAGACGGCAACUUUCCAUUUGAAAAGCAUAUUCGUGAAUACUGCCCCGGAAGGUAGGACUAUGGAGCCGUUGCCCUGGCACUUCCAGUUUGCACACCGACUGUACACCAAGUUAUGGAUGGAAACUGCGACCAGGAAACUGCUCAGGUAGGAGGUCUAAUAAGAAUGCUCGCAACGGCUCGGAUUU